CUGAAGCGUCACUUCCGGUCUUGUGUAAACAGGCAAGAUGGCAGCAUACCGUGCGGUCCUGGCCGUCCUCCGCCGGACUCAGAGUGGGAUUUUUGGUUCGGCGGGACUCAGGCGGCGCUCCAUUGCUGUUCAGAGCUUCUCUGUGACAUCACAACCUGAGGCAGGAGCCAGCUCCAGAUGCUUGAUAGCGCAGAGCAGACAUGGACACUUCAGGAGAAACGUCCAGACAGGAGCAGGAGUUCUGUGGGCAGCAGUCGCCUUCUCCCUGUUCAGCAGCUCUGAGGAAAACAAACGGGAUGAAGCUCAGAAGAAGGAGGAUGAGAUGAUCUUGUUGUUGAAGAAAGCAAAGCUCAGCAUCCACCGUGGUCAGAUGCAGGCCGCCUCCUCCUUUCUGCACCAGGCUGUCGCUCUGGCUCAUCAGACCCACAACACACAGGCCAUCAUCUACACCUAUAGCCAGAUGGCCAAUCUUGCCUACGUUCAGGGUCAGCUGGAGAAUGCAGAGAAACUCUUCAAAGCCGCCAUGAGCUUCAUGCUGUCAGGAGGAACUCCAGAGGACGACAACGCCGUCAUCGAGAUGUCUCUGAAACUGGCCACCAUCUAUGCUGAGAGGAACAAGGCUGAGCUUGCUGAACAUGGUUUCAAGUUCUGCACAGAAUCUCUGGAGGCUAAACUGGAGAAACACAAAGAGCUUCCAGCAGAAAAGCAGACAGAGGAGGCGGAAGCUCUAAGGAAGGAGACCCGCCUGCUGCUCGGUCUGUGUUUGGACUCGCGCGCCCGGUACCGAGCAUCAAACCUACACCUGAACCACGCCAGAGAGGACUACCAGGGCGCUUUAAACAUCUGCCGCCAGGAGCAAGGAGAGACUCAUCCACAGACUCUGGUCUUGAUGAGUGACCUGGCCACCAUCUUGGACCUUCAGGGCCGCCAUGAUGAGGCGCUGGUUUUGAUCCAGCAGGCGGUGGAUCUGAGCCGCGCUGCAGGGCACCUGGAGCAACAUGUGCUGCUGGGAAACAUGGCAGGCAUCCUGCUGCACACAGGCCGGCUAGAGGAUUCUGUCCGAUUCUACCAAGAGGCUCUGAGUCUGGCUCAGCAGGCUGGAGACCAGGAGGCGGUGCACAGUAUUCAGGAGGGAUUAAAGGAGGUGAAGAAGAGGAGGAGCCAGAGCAAGGAUGAGGCUGCUGGGUGACGCCUCUGGGAAAAACUCCUCUCAGUGAACUCUGGAUACGGAUCGGUCCAGUUCUGUCGGAACCGCUCGCUUUCCUCUUCUUCUGCAUGUCCUUGUGUGACCCUGAGGACAGGUUCUGCGUGCAGCCCUGGUUAGAGCGGUCCAUGUGGGCCAUACACUGGACUGUUGAACAGAACCACAGCAGAACCUGAAGGUCAACGUGUCGCUGCAUGGCUUUGUUGUGUGUGUUUGUGUUAAUCUGCUGUUGGUGGAGUUGUGAGUCUGCUGCUGUUUACCGUCAUCAUUCUGCUGUUCUUCUGAGAUGUUCUGUAAACACAUCAGGACGUUCACCUGUGUCACGCCCUGUGGGAACCUGCACACACACACACACACACACCCACACACCCACACACACACACACACACACACACACACACCUACAUGUAAACACACACACACAUACACACAUGUAAACACACAAACAGGACAGGUGACACAGACAGAGUCAAACUAGUACUUGUGGUCACAUGACUCUUUAAAGACAAUCCACAUAUUUUUUCUACUUUAAAUUGAAUUAAAAUAUUAGAAAAGUUUGGCCUUUAAUCCAAAGCAGCGAUUUUUUUAAAUGGUUUUUUAACCUAAAAAUGAUUUUUGAUUGAAAAACAUAAAUAUAGAAAUAUACAAAAUUAAAUUAGCCUCACAACAUAGAAAAGAGAGAAUUUUUUUUGCUACUUUUUGGCAAAAAAAUAACAAUUUUUACUUUUUAUUGCAGUUCAUUGUUUAUUUUCUUAUUCUUCAACCCAGCAGCAUUUAAAAAACUGAACCAUCUCAUGUUCCUGAUCCAAAUGUACGGGGUCAAUGCAGCACAACCUCAUCAAAACGAGCGCAAACACCCAUCUGAGACAGUAAAGAAUAUACAAAUAAAGUUGUGUUUAUUUGACAAA